UUUUCGGCCUACGUUCAGACGAAUAACACCUCUCCAAAUUUUUUUAAGUUUUGGUUCAACCCCGAAAAAAAAAUUAUUUAAUUUUAUUUACAUCGGCAUUUUGGUUUUUAUUCAAAAUUCGGGAUGUUGUCCAUUGCCAAGAAUAAUGGUUUCCGCACAAUUAAGCCCGUGUGCCGCUGUCUAUCUACUGGUUCAACGUUAAUGGCAAAGUAUUCCAAAUUACAAAGGCUAGAACAGCGGAUUGGAGAGUCGGCGUUUACAAAUCAAACUCUUGGGACGAAGCUGAAUGAGGAAAAGCCCUUUGCUGUAAAGGUUUUCGGUUUGAAGCAAAAAGAAGAGAAACCUCAGAUCGGUGAUGCUUUCUCCAAAAAGCGCAAUGAGGAGAAAUCUUUCGCAGAGAACACCUUCGGCCUGAAGCAGAAAGAAGAAAAGCCUAUCGCCGACAAAAUUUUUGGUCUUAAACAAAAAGAGGAAAAGCCAGUUGUUGAUAUCUCCUGUAAGAAGCGUAAUGAGGAAAAGUCCUUCUUAGAAACUAAGAAAACCCUCGAGACAAAGGAGGAAAAGCCCACCUGUGAACAGAUCUUCGGUCUGAAGCAGAAAGAGGAAAAGCCAGUUGUCAAUGACAUCUCCUGUAAGAAGCGCAAUGAGGAAAAGUCCUUCCUUGAAACUAAGAAAACCCUCGAGACAAAGGAGGAAAAGCCCACCUGUGAACAGAUCUUCGGUCUGAAGCAGAAAGAGGAAAAGCCAGUUGUCAUUGACGUCUCCUGCAAAAAACGCAAUGAGGAAAAGUCGUUCACAGGAAAUGUCUUUGGGACUAAGAUAAAUGAAGAGAAACCCUUCAAUGACAUCUCCUUUAAGAAGCGCAAUGAGGAAAAGUCCUUCCUUGAAACUAAGAAAACCCUCGAGACAAAAGAGGAAAAGCCCACCUGUGAACAGAUCUUCGGCCUUAAGCAGAAAGAGGAAAAGCCAGUUGUCAAUGAUAUUUCUUGUAAGAAGCGCAAUGAGGAAAAGUCCUUCCUUGAAACUAAGAAAACCCUCGAGACAAAAGAGGAAAAGCCCACCUGUGAACAGAUCUUCAGUCUGAAGCAGAAAGAGGAAAAGCCAGUUGUCAAUGACGUCUCCUGUAAGAAACGCAAUGAGGAAAAGUCCUUCACAGAGUCGAAAAUGGAAUGGAGAAAAGUCGCUCCCAAUGAGGAAAAGUCCUUCACGAUCUAUGGAACCAAGCUUAAUGAGGAGAAGCCCACCUGUCAACAGAUCUUCGGUCUAAAGCAGAAAGAGGAAAAGCCAAUUGACAAUGACAUCUCCUAUAAGAAACGCAAUGAGGAAAAGUCCUUCACAGAGACGAAAAUGGAAUGGAGAAAAGUCGCUCCCAAUGAGGAAAAGUCCAUCACGAUCUAUGGAACCAAGCUUAAUGAGGAGAAGCCCACCUGUCAACAGAUCUUCGGUCUGAAGCAGAAAGAGGAAAAGCCAAUUGACAAUGACAUCUCCUAUAAGAAACGCAAUGAGGAAAAGUCCUUCACAGAGACGAAAAUGGAAUGGAGAAAAGUCGCUCCCAAUGAGGAAAAAUCCUUCCUUGAAACUAAGAAAACCCUCGAGACAAAAGAGGAAAAGCCCACCUGUGAACAGAUCUUCGGUCUGAAGCAGAAAGAGGAAAAGCCAGUUGUCAAUGACGUCUCCUGUAAGAAACGCAAUGAGGAAAAGUCCUUCACAGAGACGAAAAUGGAAUGGAGAAAAGUCGCUCCCAAUGAGGAAAAGUCCUUCACGAUCUAUGGAACCAAGCUUAAUGAGGAGAAGCCCACCUGUCAACAGAUCUUCGGUCUAAAGCAGAAAGAGGAAAAGCCAGUUGUCAAUGACAUCUCCUGUAAGAAGCGCAAUGAGGAAAAGUCCUUCCUUGAAACUAAGAAAACCCUCGAGACAAAAGAGGAAAAGCCCACCUGUGAACAGAUCUUCGGCCUUAAGCAGAAAGAAGAAAAGCCAGUUGUCAAUGAUAUUUCUUGUAAGAAGCGCAAUGAGGAAAAGUCCUUCCUUGAAACUAAGAAAACCCUCGAGACAAAAGAGGAAAAGCUCACCUGUGAACAGAUCUUCGGUCUGAAGCAGAAAGAGGAAAAGCCAGUCUUUGGGACUAAGAUAAAUGAAGAGAAACCCUUCAAUGACAUCUCCUGUAAGAAGCGCAAUGAGGAAAAGUCCUUCCUUGAAACUAAGAAAACCCUCGAAACAAAAGAAGAAAAGCCCACCUGUGAUAAGGUCUUCGGUCUGAAGCAAAAAGAGGAAAAGCCCUUCGCUGAAAUAUUCAGUAACAUCUACUUGAAGAAGCGGAAUGAGGAGAAGUCAUUCUUAGAUAAGAUAUUCGGAACCAAACUAAAUGAGGAGAAACCUGUAGUAAAGGAAGAAGAGAAUGCUGAAACCAAACAAGCUGUUCGCUGUUAGAAAGUUCAUUAGCAGGAC